CUAGGCGUGGGAGGCCCGGCCAGCUCUGCUCUUCGUCUCUGGAGGAGCCCGCAGUUCAAGAGGAAAGACUGUGGAGGAACAUCUAAGAAACGGCUGAGGAACGGAGUGUUUUAAGUGAGCUGUGACAACGCGGCAGCCUCAAGCCCCGAGCGGCGCGCGCUGCCGCCUCGGUAGCUGUCAUGGCCGCCCUGGCCACGUGACAGGCUCGCGCAGACCUGGUUCCCGUCGUUCUCGUUCGGUAAUCCCGGCUCCCCAGCUCCCUUUCUCGUUUGCGGACUCGGACAUUGCCUUUCUUCUCUCUGGAGGGGUGCUGUGGGGACUCCGAGAAAUCCGUAGGAAACAUCUGGAGAAAAUGACACAUUGGUUUCAUAGGAACCCAUUAAAAGCCACAGCUCCUGUCCCUUUUAACUACUAUGGCGUAGUCACUGGCCCUGCUGCUUCAAAAAUUUGCAGUGACUUGAGAUCAUCUAGAGCACGACUGCUUGAACUGUUCACUGAUUUGAGCUGUAAUCCAGACGUGAUGAAGAAUGCAGCAGAUUCAUACUUUUCACUUUUACAAGGUUUCAUUAAUUCAUUGGAUGAGUCUACCCAGGAAAGCAAGUUACGAUAUAUUCAGAAUUUCAAGUGGACUGAUACAUUACAGGGACAGGUUCCAAGUGCUCAGCAGGAUGCUGUGUUUGAAUUAAUUUCCAUGGGAUUUAAUGUAGCUUUGUGGUACACCAAAUACGCUUCAAGACUGGCUGGAAAAGAAAACAUAACAGAGGAUGAAGCGAAAGAAGUCCAUCGAAGCUUAAAAAUUGCAGCUGGGAUUUUUAAGCAUUUAAAGGAAAGUCAUAUCCCAAAGCUUAUUACACCUGCAGAAAAGGGGAGGGAUUUAGAGGCACGACUCACAGAAGCUUACAUUAUCCAGUGUCAGGCUGAAGCUCAAGAAGUAACAAUUGCUCGAGCAAUUGAGCUGAAACAUGCUCCUGGACUAAUUGCUGCCCUGGCAUAUGAAACAGCCAAUUUCUAUCAAAAAGCUGAUCAUGCUUUAUCCAGUUUGGAGCCUGCAUACUCUGCUAAAUGGAGAAAAUAUCUUCACUUGAAAAUGUGUUUCUACACAGCUUAUGCUUAUUGUUAUCACGGUCAGACUUUGUUGGCUAGUGAUAAAUGUGGUGAAGCAAUUAGAUCUCUCCAAGAGGCAGAAAAAUAUUAUGCAAAGGCAGAAGCAUUAUGCAAAGAAUAUGGAGAAACCAAAGGACCUGGACCAACAGUGAAACCUUCGGGACACUUGUUCUUUAGGAAACUUGGAAGUCUUGUGAAGAACACCCUAGAAAAAUGUCAGAGAGAAAAUGGGUUUAUUUACUUUCAAAAAGUUCCAACAGAAGCCCCACAACUGGAACUCAAAGCAAAUUACGGUCUCGUAGAGCCCGUACCUUUCGAAUUUCCUCCUACAAGCACUCACUGGACAUCAGAAACGUUGGCUGCUUUUGAUCUCACCAAAAGACCCAAGGAUGACAGUGCUAAACCCAAACCAGAAGAAGUGGUGAAGCCUGUGAAAGAACCAGAUAUCAAACCUCAAAAGGACACUGGGUGCUAUAUCUCCUAAAAUACAUUGAUACAGUAUAGCGUGCACUUUGAAUUUCUCUUGCAGUAGAUAAGAUAAACCAUGGAACUUCAUAUUUCUUGAAAUGAUUUCUUUGAAACCUGUAGAUUAAUUUAGUACAUUUGGAGGGAAUCUGCCUUCAGUUUAUUUGUUCUUGAUUUUUAACAAAGUGGAGAUGUUUCAUGCUUUGUUUCCAAACUCCUUUUUAAUCAGGACAACCUGUGAAAGAUUUUUAUUGUGCCUCUAAAUGGCAUAUUUGGGGGUUGGGUUUUUUUGCCCGAACUCUGGGUAGUACUAAGUUUCAGGUUAAUACCCUAUAGGCCAGAAUCGUGUGUUUUCAGGUGUGUUUUUCUAUCUUCACAGAAAAGUUUAUUUUCCUCCCUCUUAUUUGAUACAAGAAGAAUGACAGGAGUCGAUUUUUAACAGAGAUAGUUUUUUCCAGUCUCCAUUAUGUCACUUGUAGCACAGACUUGUUAUGUUCUGUGUCAGUUACCUUUUCUGGUGGGGAAAAAAAAAAUCACUUUUAAAGCUCAAAAAAUCUUCAUACCAAAUCCCUUAUACAUGUUGGAAUCUAUAAUUUACUUGCAUAUCAGUGUUUAUAGGUAUGGUGAGACCAUUUAAGAACUUACUCCUAUAUUGGUAAUCCUGCACUUCAUUUCAGUUUCAAUAAACAAACCUACAGUAUUUUUAAAGUACUUUUUCUAAUGGAUUUUUUUACUUAGGGGACAGAACUUUGUAACAGCUCUUAGUGUUUCUAUGUGAGAAGACAGAGUGAAAAUGUUUUUGCAGAAGUCAAAUAGUGCAUGAUGAAAAGAAAGAACUUUAAACCUAAACAAGAUAGGUUGUCCUGAAUUACAUUGGUAAAUCUCUACUUCUUUGUUAAUAGAAGUUAGAGUAAAAUGCCUUUGUUACCCGAUUUCAGUGUACAUGGUUUUUAUAUGGUUUUCUAAUACACUUAUCCUUCAGAAUUGUAUUGCUUUAGGCCGAAGGCCAUAGCAAAAACUUAGCAGACAGAUAUAGUAUAUCUUAAAAAUAGCUUGUAAUAUCUGAAAUAGUUUAGUAUGUACGCAAACCUGGGAAAUAGUGAAUACAUGAUACUUUAACACCUAUAGGUUUAUCUUUUAAUUAUUCACCUGGGGCGGUAGCUAAAUUUUCUUUUAUAAAUGACAGAUCGAUUCAAAUAAUAGAAAUAGUAACAGUAGUGUAUGUUGAGAGCUUAGUCCAUGCCAGGCACUGUGCUAAGCACUUACAUAAAUAAGCCUUUGAAUCCACACAGCAAUUCUCUGAGAAAUAAGUAAAAUCUGCAUAAAGUAUUGAGAUAGGAAUAAACAUUUUAUUAUGAAAAAUAGAUUAUGCCUAUCUGAAUCAAUAUUGUGUUCAAAUAAACGAUUACUUAAAUCAUAGUUUAUACUCCUGGGGGAAAAUGCGACAUAGAAUCAGUGAGGUUUUUUUUUAGUACGUGGAAAUGCGAAUUACUCCUAGCUAUAUAAUAUUUAAUAUUUGAAGCUGCAGCUUCCAGAAUAAGUGGAGUAAUAACUGAACAGACAUUUAGUUUCGUUGUUUAUGGGAAAAACACUUGAAUCUCACUGUAUUUUCUGUGCUCUGUGCCGUUUACUGACAAAACUGUAAACAGUACUUGAUGCCAGCUUCUUACUCUUGGCCUGUAAGAUCUAUUUAUUUGAGGAACUAGUGCUCAUUAGCCUAGUUACUAAAUUUUCACAGUAACAUUUUUAUGGGUCAUACGACCAUAUAUGGAAUGAAAACAAGUCUUAUGCUCAGUGCUUCUGUAAAGUGCAGUAAAUACUGGUAUUACAUUUAAUCAGUAAUUGGCAACUUUAACAUAAGCAGAUAGUAAAUAUUCUGUUGACUCAGCAAAGGUAACACUUUGUGACUAAACUACCCCAUUAUAUAUAAUAUUCUUUGAAAUGGUGUUGGAAAUUUGGGGAAGUUAACAAAUAUAAAGAAGUUGCAUGAAUGUCAUAGAGAGAUGUAACAGUUUGUGUUAACUAUUGCACACUUAGUUUAAACCAGAUAAUGACAGCUAACAUAGCCUGCUAAAAGUGUUGUUUAUAUACUGAAAUACCUAUUUAUUUCUGAAAAUAAAAGUGAUUUUACUUACCAUUUCUUUGGAAUUUUCUUUGUUCUUCGAUAAAUAUUUUUAUUUUUAUUAAGCCAGUAACAAGGUUAAUACAAUGUAAAAUCAUAAUUCUUCACAGUUAUAUUUUAAAAUGACAUGCUUUUGCAUCAAUUGUUUUAUGCUACAUGAAUUCAUUAAAUACUCACCGCUCCUUGAC